AGCGUUGAUAACAGGACGAGCAACAAUGUAUUCAAAAUACUAUUUGUUGUAUUUACUCAUGCCAUUCACUCUCCUGGAAAUUGCGAAAGCCAGAUGUGUGAACAAUGUGUAUAAUUUAAGGUUGAAAGGUAGGCGCCAAAUUUAUAAAAAGAUAGUACCGCAAGACAGUUACGUUGUAUUGUCAAAGGAUAGCAAAAUUGGAAAAUGUAAUCCUUACACUAUAAAUUGUAGGAAAACAGAGUUUAUAUAUACUUUUUGAGAUCGCGCUUAAAAAAGCCAUGUUUUCUUCCAUAAAUAUUCAAGUUUUAGAAUUACUUCCAGAUGCCAAUUGAUAGUGUCAUUAUUUUAGGUUUCAAGCUUGAUACAAAAGUUUUGAUGAUUAAAGUUGUUUCCGACAAGUUAGCUUGCGUAAUGGAAUGCUACAAAGAGGUAUGCUGUAGAUCAAUUAACUACAAAAAGACAUCAACCUUCCAGAAUGAACCAAAUUGUGAAAUAUUACACAACGUGGUCCACAAUAGUUCUGAGAAUGCAUUGAUGAAAACCUCUUCAUUCGAUUAUGUCUAUCUUGUUGACCCAGAAAAGGUAAGAUGAGUGUGGCCGUAUAGUAAAUUUUUCAACGAAAGCCGGAAUUAGUAUUUCCUCUCUUCUGUCCCUAGAAACAACUCAAAAGAGCAAAUGUGUGCCCAUGUAUGGUCAGAGAAUUCAAGCGGUUUUGCCAGGGUUUUUUUUUCUGAUCAUUCAACUAUCUAAUUAGUGGCGUUAGUAUAACGACUGAUAAAUUACUUAGCUAGAGAAACCAGGGUAAAUCAUUAAUAAACUAAUACAGUAUAAUAGCUGAUAGGACUGUAGCUAUUUCACCUAAAAUCACUACAAGCGAUGUUGAAAAUAGUUUAACGAGCUUUUUCACUGUAGGAAUACAAUGCCAGCUGUUUUGCAAACGAUUCAGAGGACAACGUCAGAGGUACCAAUAUUACAUUCAAUAAUUAGUGCACAAAUUUGGUGAUUUAUUUUGUUAUUGUUAAAGGGAAAUGGCAAUAUAUUUUUUUAUUUUUUCAUUUGGGAGAACUUUUAAGUACUAUUUAAAAAACGAGCAGGAGUGUUAUAUUAGGUUUAAAGCCACGAGCGCGCAGCGCGAGUGGCUUUAGACCUAAUAAAACACGACCCGCGAGUUUUUUAAAUGACUUCAAAAACGUAUGCAUAAUAAGUCAAAUCUUUAUAUAAAAAUCUUUAUAUAAAAAUCUUUAUAUAAAAAUCUUUAUAUAGUUUGCAUAACAAUGGUCUUUUGUUAAAGUGUUCUUUAGCUGGUAUAAAGACGUAUGCACGUGAUUAAUUUCUUACUCAAGAUUGGAUAAUUGCUUCAUGAAUUAUUAAUGAGUUUUUGAAGACUAUAUAUAAUACUCUUUACCGUUUUUUUCAUAUCUUGCUUACUGCUACAAAUGUUUGAUCGAAAGGUAUAAAAUGUCCGCCAUCUUCAUGAAGAAUUUUUGUAGAUAUGUAUGUACGUCACAACAGGGGUCACGCAAUAUUUUUAUCUAGAUAGUUCGUGUGUUGUUACCCGAUAUCGUUCACUUUCAUUAAGCAUGUCUUAGAUCUGAAAUAUUUUUGCGGGAACUAACACUUUCGAACACGCUGAGUUCAAAUCCGAAAAGUUCCCACUCCGUAGACCCGCAGUUUUUUCACGAAAUGCUAUUUCAUCUUCACUAAUUUCACAACAAUUUGUUUCAUUGUUCAACGAUACGGAUCGAUGACGAUACACGAUUAUGUCACUCAAAAGGACCAAUUUCUAUUAAACAUUCUUCCUUCUAACAAAAGAUCGGUUUUGCUCGAAUCAUUUUGAGUUAUGCAAUCUUAUGCGUGUUGAACGUAAACAACAUAUCUUGUUUACAACUUUGAGAAGGUACAGAUAACGCUUUCUAAAAUCCUCAGUUCUAGAGAUAUCUCUAUAAAAUCACAAGAACAUUAAUAUCAAGUCUUUUAGCUAUGUCACUGGCCUGAAAAAUAACUCCUCUAACGCGAUCAAGAUAUUUAAAACAAAAGUAACGCGAAGCCAACGUAACGGCAAAGACAACGCUAAAACGAAAUAUUGUCGAAUGGUUGCAGGUAGAAGACUUACGACAGGAUCAAUCUUAAAUAACCUUAAACUAUAAGAAUAAAUGUUCACAUCAAAGACAAAGAUCAGUCACAAAGUAUAAAAUAUGCUCUGUAAACUUACCGCGAAGUGGAGAAAUGUGUACAUGAGCUGUUUAUUUGAUGAUUUCGACGUAUAUAGAAGCCCUCUUUCCAAUAAUACUCGCUUAUCGCACAGCAUAACACCAACUCAUGUAAUAGUUCAAAUGCAAUGAUAAGUUAUCUCUUGAAUUACGUCUUGGAAACCGUGUUGGAAAUUUCAAUGCUGAUCCAUUACAUAUAGAUUACCGUUUUAUAUUUUUGUAUAAAACAUUUUGAUCGCAUGUAAGAAUUAUUUCUCAUUCCAGAGACAUAGCACAAAGACUUGACAUUAACGUCCUUGUGAUUUUAUAGAGAUAGAUCCAGAACUAAGGAUUUUAGAAGGAAUUAUCUGUACCUUCCCAAAGUUGCAGACAAAAUAUGUUGUUUACGUCCAACACGCAUAAGAUUGAUAACUCAGAAUGAUUGCAGCAAAACCGGUCUUUUGUUUAAAGGAGGAAUGGUUAAUAGAAAUUGGUCCUUUUGAGUGACAUAAUCGUGUAUCGUCAUCUAUCCGUGUCGUUGAACAAUGAAAAAAUUUGUUAUGAAAUUAGUGAAGAUAAAAUAGCAUUUUGUGAAAAAACUGCGGGUCUACGGAGUGGGAACUUUUCGGAUUUGAAAUCAGCGUGUUCGAAAGUGUUAGUUCCCGUAAAAAUAUUUCAGAUCUAAGACAUGCUUAAUGAAAAUCUUUUUCUAGCCACUUUUCGAGGUCACAACAUACGGACUAAGACAACCACUAAUCAUUUUGCACUCAAAACUAUACUCUGUGUGCUCUUCGAAAUUUCAAGAUCACUAAAACCUUUCAAACACUCAUUAAUAAUUCUGUCAUAAGUUUAUUGGCAAAUCAUAUCAACCAUAAUAUGUCACGUGCAGUGGCUUUUAACCUGUCAUGAUAAAACACUCCUAAUUAGUAUUCUUUAUAUAAAGUAUACUAAUAACGCAGUAUCUAUUGUAGUCGUGUCCGCAUUAAUUUGUUAUAAAAAGUUUAUAUACUGAUUUCCAAACCUCGAUAAUUACCUCUGAAUUCCCACUCCUUUUAUUAUAGUUGGCCAUGGCGUAUUGCAAGGAGAUUGCCUCAUUUCUCUUCUUUUUAACAUGUGCUUCAAUAUAUUCAUUCAGCAUACCAAUGCUGAAAAGUACCGUCAUUCUGGAUUUUCCUUCAAAUUACUUAAUUCCAUCAACAGGUCCCAGUUUGCUGAUGUUGCGGCAGUAA